AUGAAUGUCAUCAAGCUGCAGAGGAAAUACCCGCAGUUCGACCAGGGCGAGAUCUUCGGACUGCAGGAUGCCUUCCGCAAGCUCGACGUCGACGACAAGGGCUACCUCGACGAGGCCACCGUCAUCAAGGCGACGCAGCAGACGGAGCACCAGCCCUACGAUGUCGUGCGCCAGGCCCUGAAGGAGGUCGAGCUCGACAGCUCGCGGCGCGUCGAGUUGGACGACUAUGUCGAUCUCAUCUCGAAGCUGCGCCAGUCCUCGCCCGCCCAGCAGCGCAUGAACACAGGCCCCUCCCGCCCAGCCGGUGGGAGCGUGCCCUCCACGCCCGGCCACGCCCACAAGACCAGCACCGGCGGCGGCGGCAGGAUCCACGUCCAGGGCUCCUCCGCCAACGUCACCCACACCAUCAACGAGGACGAGCGCACCGAGUUCACCCGCCACAUCAAUGCCGUGCUCGCCGGCGACCCAGACAUUGGCCACCGCCUGCCCUUCCCGACCGACACCUUCGAGAUGUUCGACGAGUGCAAGGACGGCCUGGUGCUGAGCAAGCUGAUCAACGACAGCGUGCCCGACACCAUCGAUGAGCGCGUGCUGAACCGCCCAGGCAAGAAGAUCAAGACCCUGAAUGCUUUCCACAUGACUGAGAACAACAACAUCGUCAUUGAAUCGGCCAAGGGCAUUGGAUGCUCCGUGGUCAACAUUGGUAGCGGAGACAUCAUCGAAGUGCGAGAGCACCUGAUCUUGGGACUGAUCUGGCAGAUCAUCAGGCGAGGUCUGCUCGGCAAGAUCGACAUCAAGCUACACCCCGAGCUGUACCGGCUGCUGGAGGAUGACGAGACGCUCGAACAGUUCCUGCGCCUGCCCCCGGAGCAGAUUCUGCUCAGAUGGUUCAACUACCACUUGAAGAACGCCAAGUGGAACAGGAAGGUCACCAACUUCUCCACCGACGUGAAGGAUGGCGAGAACUACACUGUCCUUCUGAACCAGCUCAAGCCCGACAUUUGCUCGCGUAGCCCACUGCAGACCCACGAUCUCCACCAAAGAGCAGAGCAAGUACUUCAAAAUGCUGACGCUCUCGGCUGCCGCAAGUUUUUGACUCCUACUUCUCUUGUUGCCGGAAAUCCUAAGCUCAACCUUGCUUUUGUGGCGAAUCUGUUCAAUACCCACCCUGGCCUUGAUCCCAUUACCGAAGAAGAGAAGGCGGACAUCGAUGACUUUGACGCUGAGGGUGAGCGCGAGGCUCGCGUCUUCACAUUGUGGCUUAACUCCUUGGAUGUGCAGCCUGUGGUACAAUCAUUCUUCGAAGACCUGAAGGAUGGAACCGUCCUUCUCCAGGCAUAUGACAAGGUUAUUCCUAACAGCGUCAACUGGCGUCACGUCAACAAACCCCGGGAAGGCCAGGAGCUCAUGAGGUUCAAAGCCCUCGAAAACACCAACUACGCAGUCGAGCUCGGAAAGGCGAACUCCUUCUCCCUCCCUGGUAUCCAGGGCGCCGAUAUCACCGAUGGCCAGCGAACCCUUACCCUCGGCCUAGUGUGGCAACUCAUGCGAAGAGACAUUGUCAGCACACUGAAGGGUCUAGCACAACGUCUCGGCAAGCGCGAAAUCUCAGACCCCGACAUGAUUCGCUGGGCCAAUGACAUGGCCAAGAAGGGCAGCGGAAAGGGCACCCAGAUCCGCUCGUUCAAGGACAGCGGCCUCACCAACGCCAUUUUCCUGCUCGAUGUGCUCUCCGGUAUGAAGAGCAGCUAUGUGGACUACGAACUUGUCAUGCCCGGCAGGAACGACGACGAAUGCUACCAGAACGCAAAGCUGGCCAUCAGUAUCGCGAGAAAGAUGGGCGCUACCAUUUGGCUUGUGCCUGAGGACAUUGUCGCCGUCCAGAGUAGACUGAUUACGACCUUCAUUGGCAGCUUGAUGGCGACCAGCGAGCGUAUGGGCGGUCAAUAG